AUGGUUCUCCAAACUUCGUCUCUAGGGUUUAUAGUGAGGAGGCACCCACCAGAGCUAGUAGCCCCAGCCAACCCCACUCCCCGUGAAGUUAAGCUAUUAUCUGACAUAGAUGACCAAAAUGGCCUUCGUUACCAACUUCCACUGGUGCUAUUCUUUCCUUACCAGCCUUCAAUGGAAGGGAAAGACCCUGUUGAAGUCAUUAGAGAAGCACUAUCCAAAACACUUGUGUUUUACUAUCCCUUCGCGGGAAGGCUUAGGGAGGGUCCUGAUGGCAAACUAAUGGUGGAUUGUAAUGGAGAAGGUGCCAUGUUCAUUGAGGCUGAUGCAGAUGUGACAAUUGAGCAGUUUGGUAAUAAUUUUAUGCCUCCAUUCCCUUGCUUUGAUGAGCUCCUCUACAAUGUUCCUGGUUCAGAUGGAAUGAUUGACACCCCACUGCUGCUUAUACAGGUAACACGUCUCAAGUGUGGUGGUUUCAUCUUUGCACUCCGAAUGAAUCAUACUAUAUGUGAUGGAAGUGGAAUUUGCCAAUUUCUGAAGGCGUUAUCAGAGAUGGCACACGGUGCACCAAAGCCUUCUAUUCUCCCUGGCUGGCACAGGGAGAUUCUAUGUGCUAGAGAACCACCAAGAAUCACAUGCAUCCAUCAAGAAUACCAACAACUACCACCUGAUUCAAGAAGCAUCUUCAUAUCCCAUCAACUUACACUGCUCGAAGUCGAAGGACCCACCGUGUUGUCCAAAUUGCGUUAG